GAUUUGCCUUUCAGGAGCCUGGUAGAAGUGCUAUUAUUGAUUCCUGCAUUCGAGUUACAGACAACGGGAGGGAGAGCAUUCACAGAAAUGUAUUCUUCAUUUUCACCCUUUAUAAUAGUUCUAAUCACAAUGAUCAACUUAAGCUAGGAGCUAGUAGUCCUGAAGAAGCAGCAAGAUGGAUUCAAUCCUUCCAAGAAGCAGCUUUAAAGGGUAGUACAUACUCUGGAAUUGAUGUUGCUUGUUCAACGAGCAGAUGGCAGUCCUUCAGUUUCUUAGAAGGACUCCUUGCAUGCAGAUCGAGUGGUUCCAGUAAUGCAAAUUAUAACAACUCUAUUGACUAGACACUUUCUUCGUCCACAAAGAUGGACAGAGUGACAGCUGAUGUUGUAGCACCAUCACCUUGGACAAUCUUUGGCUGUCAGAAUGGUCUUAGAUUGUUUAAAGAAGCUAAAGAUAGAGAUUCUCAAGGAAAGUGGGAUGACCAUCCGGCAAUCAUGGCUGUGGGUGUCGUAGAUGGGACUUCAGAAGCCAUUUUCCAGACACUUACGUCUCUUGGACCCUCAAGAACGGAAUGGGACUUCUGUUUCUACAAGGGUAGUGUGGUCGAACAUCUUGAUGGUCAUACUGAUAUUGUUCACAAGCAGCUAUAUAGUGAUUGGUUACCUUUGGGAAUGAAAAUGAGAGAUCUCUUGCUGCGACGAUAUUGGAGAAGAGAAGAUGAUGGAACAUAUGUUAUUUUGUACCACUCGGUGUUUCACAAGAAGUGCCCCCCCCCCACAAAAACGCUAUGUCUGAGCCUGCCUUAAAAGUAAUGUAUGCCUGAAAUAUAUAA